AUGCCCUGCAGUGGAACAUUGGGUGUAGUUCCCAAACGUAUGGGUUGGUUAUGGACUGCGCAAGAUCAGUCUGGAGUAAAGGUAUUAAAUGGUUGGAAGCCUGGUGCGAUUUCGAAACGACUUUUGAAGAAACUGAACGAAGCUAAGCGGUCGAAAUCCGUUGUAGAAGAAAUGAAACAAACAAAGAGAACCAAAAAACGAUACGGACAUAAACCGACUCUGAUAAUAAGCAAGAAAGACGGGGAAUAUAGAAUCCAGAUGCAGGCGAUGGCGGAAGGUAACGAUGCUACUACCGAACGAUACUCUCCAGUGAUAUAUAGAAUUGCCAAGGCAGAUAACGAAGAUAGAAAAAGAAAGAAAGAUCGAAUUACGAGGAGGUUGGCUAGAAGAGCCGUUAAAGACAUUUUGCCCGACUCUUAUGACCCUAAAGCCUGCAAUAAUGUUUGCUUAGAGGCUUAUAAACAGGCUGUUGGCUUACCGAACUCUUACGACGAACCAUCUAAUCUUCAUGAAAACAAUCAAGAUAUACUCUUAGACAGUUGCUCCUGUUCUGAAAAUGACGUGAGUUCAAGUUGUACCUCGUCAGAAAUUGAUUGGGAGAUUCAAUUCACGCCGCCUAAAUACUGUUCCACC